AUGACACGCAAGAACGCCACCCUCUCCAAGCGCCGCUCCAAACCGAGCCUAAAAGUAGCAACCAGCCAGAACGGCUAUGCGAAUGGAAACGGAAACGGCAAAAUGAACAACAAUAUUGAAAUGCGCAAGCGCGACACCUCGACCGAGUCCUCCGCUGAGCGUACCUCACGCGUCCUUCAAAGCCCCCAAUUCUCCCUCGACAAUGAACCUGCUCUCGUACCUCAAACUCCUGUUCUCGCGACGACUAGCUUUCACAAUCUCCCGCGCAAUGACAAGCGGAACUUUCUGCUGCUAUGCGUGUUGUACUUUUUGCAAGGCGUGCCGAUGGGCCUAGCCACAGGCUCGGUACCCUUCCUGCUCAAACCCUACCUGUCUUAUGGACAAAUUGGCGUGUUCUCGCUCGCCUCAUACCCAUACUCGCUCAAAUUGUUCUGGAGUCCCAUCGUGGACGCUGUGUGGAGCCCGCGGUUCGGCCGUCGCAAGAGUUGGAUCACGCCCGUGCAGGUGAUUGCGGGUCUGGCGAUGAUUUAUUUGGGUAGGCACAUUGGCGAUAUGAUGGAGCAGGCGGGUGCCAAUGGCGGCGAAGGUGUCUGGAACUUUACCUAUUGGUGGUUUAUGCUGGUCUUCUUCUGCGCCACGCAAGACAUUGCCGUGGACGGGUGGGCGAUUACCCUCAUGUCACCACCAAACAUCUCUUACGCCUCAACGGCCCAAACUGUCGGUCUGACGGCAGGCCAUUUCCUCUCGUACACCGUGUUCCUGGCUUUCAAUUCCAAGGACUUUGCCAAUCGCUGGUUCCGUGCUGUCCCCGCCGAAGGCGGCUUGAUGUCUCUGGGCGGGUACUUGACGUUCUGGGGAUGGACAUAUCUCAUUGUGACAUUGUGCUUGGCCCUGCUGAAGAAGGAGGACCGCACCAAAGAGCGUGACAGCAUUAUGGAUGUGUACAAAAGCAUGUGGAGCGUCCUCAAGUUGAAGAACAUCCAAACUAUCAUCUUGAUUCACCUGAUUGCCAAGAUUGGCUUCCAGGCCAAUGACGGCGUGACCAGCUUGAAAUUGCUGGACAAGGGCUUUGGCCAGGAUAACAUGGCCUUGGUGGUGUUGAUUGACUUUCCCUUUGAGAUUAUGCUCGGCUAUUAUGCGGGCAAAUGGUCCACCGAGUAUACUCCGAUGCGGCUUUGGGGCUGGGCCUUUGUCGGUCGCUUGGCAGCAGCUGUCUUGGCCCAGUUCACCGUGAUGAUCUACCCCAGCGGCUCGGACGUACCAUUCUGGUACCUGCUGACCGUGAUCGUCGAGCAUGUGGUCUCGACGUUCAUGAACACGGUCAUGUUUGUGGCCAUCUCAGCGUUCCACGCUCGUAUCGCUGAUCCUGCCAUUGGCGGAACUUAUAUGACACUUCUCGCAACCGUCUCCAACCUGGGCGGUACAUUCCCCCGCUACUUCAUCCUCAAGCUAGUCGACCUCUUCACGGAGGCUACCUGCAUUCCACCCACCGUCGCCCCUCCCGCCGACACCUUGAAAGACGCCCUCGUUACCACGGCCUUUUCCUGUGCCCUCGAGCCGGAGAAGAACCGCUGCAUCAACGGUGGCGGCGUGUGCGAGGUCGGCCGCGACGGCUAUUAUAUCACCAACAUGCUGUGCGUGCUCAUCGGCACCGUCACUUUCUUCAUGUUCAUCAAGCCUGCUGCCACGAAGCUGCAGGGUCUGCCGCUACGGGCGUGGCGUCUGGCACCUGGCUCGAGUGGACGCGAGUAA